CAAGAAAUAAAGGGUAUCCGAAUCAGCAUCAGCAUCAGCAUCAGCAUCCAUCGGCUUCGCAAUCUCCAAAUCCAUUUAUCCUCAUUAUUACACUCACCGAGCGUAUAUAGCCAAAACAAAAACAACGGAGUUGACCUUUCAAAUCUCCCUCAGAAUCGUAACCCUCUCAAUCACGCGCCGCCGUAUCGAUCCCAACUCGACUCUCAGAAAAUUUCUAGACUGUAAGAAGAGCUAUAACCGCUUGUGGUAAUAGAUCUGGGAAGUUUACUCUACAUAUUUUUGAAAAUUUGAAAACAUUUAAUUUGGACUUUUAGAGAGUCUCUACACUGACCAACAUGAGCAUGGAUUCAAAGAAAUCCGCCUCUAAUGGUCAUGAGAAAACGUUAAUACCGCAAGAACAGCAGGCAAAGAUCAAUGAGUUGAGAAGGUUAAUUGGGCCGCUGUCCGGUAAGGCAUCCAUCUAUUGUUCUGAUGCAUCCAUCUCAAGGUAUUUGAGGGCACGGAAUUGGAAUGUCAAGAAGGCAGCUAAAAUGUUGAAGCAAACCUUAAAAUGGAGAGCAGAGUACAAACCGGAAGAGAUCCGCUGGGAAGAUAUUGCUCAUGAAGCAGAGACAGGAAAGAUCUAUAGGGCAAAUUAUAUUGACAAGCUUGGGAGAACAGUCCUUGUAAUGAGACCUGGCCGCCAGAACUCAAAGUCAACAAAAGGACAAAUUAAGUAUUUGGUAUACUGCAUGGAGAAUGCUAUUUUAAAUCUUUCACAAGAACAGGAACAGAUGGUCUGGCUGAUUGACUUCCAGGGUUUCAAUAUGUCACAUAUAUCAAUCAAAGUGACACGUGAAACUGCCCAUGUAUUACAAGAACAUUAUCCCGAACGGCUUGGUCUUGCAAUACUGUACAAUGCGCCUAAAUUCUUCGAACCAUUCUUCACGAUGGUAAAGCCCCUAUUAGAGACCAAGACUUAUAAUAAAGUCAAGUUCGGUUACUCUGAUGAUCAGAACACCAAGAAGCUAAUGGAGGAUUUGUUUGAUUUUGACCAUCUUGAAUCUGCAUUUGGUGGGAAAGAUACUGCAGAGUUUGAGAUAAACAAAUAUGCUGAGCGAAUGAAAGAGGAUGACAAGAAGAUUCCCUCUUUUUGGGCAAGUGAAAACUCUACAUCCUCAGUCCAAAACAUUGCUCCUUCUUUAGAUUCAAUUAAGUUAGACACAGAUUCUGAUGCUUCAGAUAAUGAGAAAAAAGUAUGUGCAUCUGACAGUGAGAAAAUUGAUUGUUCCCCUAACCCCGAUUCGGAAACUGACAUCAUUGACCAUGAUGAGAAUAAUCUAGGGAAAAGAAAUGACAUCAUUGACCAUGAUGAGAAUAAUCAAGGGAAAAGAAAUGCAAAUGAAGAUAGCAAGGUGCUAUGACUUUCUUGUUUGAAAUUUAGAACGAGAAACUACAUCCCUUAGAGCCUCUGAGUUUACAUAGAGGCAGUGAGGUAGCAAGGUGCUGUGACAUUCUUGUUUGAAAUUUAGUAUCAAGAGACUUUUUGUUAACUUGAUGUUGUAUUUAAGAUGACAGAUGAUUUUACUAUGUUAUGAUUUUACCAUGCGCAUGUUGGUUUGAGUAGUGGACGCAUAAGUUAAUGCACUUUUUUCAAAAGCUACACUUUGUGGCUACUUGCUUGAGUUGAUUUUGGAACCUAAAUUGGUUUGCAACAGCUAAACCAAACACACUUGUAAUAUAUUGGACCUUCUCACCUUUAAAGUUGGUAUGGAUUCUUACUUGCUCAUCCAACAAUAA